AUGGGCCGCGUUCGCACAAAGACCACGAAGAGGGCUUCCCGCGUUCUGAUUGAGAAAUACUACCCCCGCCUCACCCUCGAUUUCCAUACAAACAAACGUAUUAUCGAUGAAGUUGCUGUCGUCCCCUCAAAACGUCUCCGCAACAAGGUUGCUGGAUUCACAACCCAUUUGAUGAAGCGUAUCCAGAAGGGCCCCGUUCGUGGCAUCUCCUUCAAGUUGCAGGAAGAGGAGCGUGAGCGCAAGGACAACUACGUACCAGAGGUCUCUGCUUUGGAUACGAGCGUCUCCGGCCUCGAAGUCGACAGCGAUACCAAGAACCUCCUCGCUGCUCUUAACUUCGAUUCCAUCGCAGUCACUGUCGUCAACCCUGCCGUCGCUACCCAGGAUCGUGGUCCAAGGCGCGACAGGCGCAACGUUCCCGGUGCCGCCCCUCGGCCAUGA